ACCGUAAUAUCAUUAAUCAUUCGGGAAGAACCACACCAAUUACACACUUAUUUCGUGAAGGCAUCCCGAUUGUUACUUCAAUGUCAAUAACCGGUCACAAAAGCGAAUCAUCCUAUCGUAUAUAUUCACGACCAAGUGAGCAGCAGAAAAAGGAUGCAUUGUCUAUAUUAAUUGAUGUUGUUGAUCUUCCGGAAUCUCAAAAUAAGGAAGAUAAUGAUGUCCUGAAUUUGCCUCUUUACGUAAAUGUGACCAAAAAAAAUCCAACUCUUGGUAGAAAAAGGCUGUUGCGGUCAUCACAAUCUGGUUUGCAAAAUGCAUCUAAUAAUAGGCAAG